ACUCCGUCGUCGUUCAAAUCUCGCGUCUCGUUUAGCGUUGAUUACAAAUUGCCAAACUUAUCAGUUUCGUCUAAUUAGUUCGUCGCGAGUCGUCGUCCGGAGUGGAUCGACUGCCUCCUCCCAUUACUCUGAGAUUGCCAAGUGUGCGUCUCGUGACAUUUAGGAAUGUCACCGAUUCCGGUGAUCGCGGCCAUUGCCGUCGUACUGUUGUUUUCGAAUUGCUGCUGCUCAACGGCAAAAGAUCAACCGCCCGUUUGGGACGUGACCACGCUGUGCAACAUUCCGAACGAGCCCGGCCAGAAGGGAACCUGCUCCGACCCGGAUGACUGCCCGGCGUACGCCGCGAUCAACGAUCCGGCCAGCCUGAGCUCGGUAGGCCGUUUAAGCUUCCUGAAGGCGAUCCAGUGCAAUGUUUCUGCGUCGACGUCCACUCCCGGUAGCGCAGUGGGCGGUGGCGGCGGCAUUUGCUGUCCGCGUUCGGGACGCUACAAGUCGCCAACGCUGAACGAGAAUCUACCGCGGCGGACGCGCACCAAGUCGACGAUGGUCCACUCGAGGUUCGGCGAUGACGAGAUGUGCGGCUUCCAGUCGUACGUGGCCAAGAUCCGGGGCGGGGACAUUGCCAACAUUGACGAGUUCCCGUGGAUGGCGAUGCUGCUGUACGAGAUGAAGGACUCCAACUCGGUGGUGCAUGGCUGCGGCGGGGUGCUGAUCAGCAGGGACUUUGUGAUAACGGCGGCGCACUGCGUCACGGGACGCGAGUACGACAGCAAGGGACCUCUCAAGUACGUCCGCCUGCGUGAGUACAACGUGUACGACGAUCCGGACUGCGUCAUCGAGCAGGACCUGCGCGACUGUUCCGAGGAGAAGGUGGACGCUGCACCGUUGCGCAUCCAGGUACACCCCGACUAUGACUCCAACAGCCGCAACAAGUACCACGACAUCGCGCUCAUCCAGAUCGAGCGCAGUCCGGAGUUUUCGGACUUCCUGCGGCCGAUCUGCCUGCCCGAGCCGGAGUUGGAAAACGGAGCCACGGAGGGGAACAAGCUCAGCGUCAGCGGCUGGGGCCGGACGGACAUUUUUCGCAAACAGUUGGGCAACAAUGCGUUGAGUCCGAUCAAGCUGAAGCUGGUCCUCCCGUACGUGGACUCCACGACCUGCAAGAAGAUCUUCCGACCGCAGCAGCUGGACAUCGGACCCGGUCAGCUGUGUGCCGGCGGAGUUCGAGCCAAGGACACCUGCGGCGGUGAUAGCGGCUCCCCGCUGAUGUUCUACGAUCUGAAGCAGGGCGUUUGGGUGCUGACCGGAAUCGUGUCGCUUGGCGUGAGGGACUGCGGAACCGAAGGGAUUCCCGGGGUGUACACCAACGUGCGUGAAUAUCUGCCCUGGAUCAAGCAGAAUGCGCACGUUUGAAGGGUCUGCAUGAUGAUAUGACAAGUUUCUAAGCGAAUAGAUUAAAUAAAUUCAAUAUCGACAAAACCAAAA